AUGUCCAGGAAUCGUAAACAAGGAAGUGCACCUGCUGCCAAUAUGCAGGCUGCUCCAAUGCCUAUUGCCCAACCUACGGAUGCUUAUAUCCCGCCAUAUCUGGCCACUCAAGUUCCAGAACUAGAGUCUUUCAAAGAGCUCUUGGAAGCUGAGAGGAAAAUUGACAUCUACAUCAAUCGAAAGAAAAUUGACUUAUACCAGUCUGUGUCGCAGUGGAACACGCUGAAGCAAGAGUCGCAGGAAAAACAAUACUUACGGAUCUUCAUUUCGAAUAUCGCUGAAAACCAAGCAUGGCAAACACAAGAAGCCGGUGUUGAGCCCUCAUGGACUUUGAGAGUUGAGGGUAGGCUUUUGAACUCUCAAGAUGUAGCAGAUCCCCAGAGACCAAAAUUCAGUACUUUUCUGCAAGGCAUCGCCGUAGACUUUACAGAACCACAGGAUACGACUGUAGGUGGAGCGGCAGCAAGUGAGAAUGGCCAGUCGAGUGCUCCACAAGAACCACACCAACCUGGACAACCACAACACUCGCAACAACCGCAAGCACCACAGCAGAACCAACCUCCAUCUAUCGUGGAGUGGCAUUUUGACCCUGCUAACCCAGCGGACUUUGACGGGCUAGACAUCAAACGUGACGGAUCGCACAAUAUAGAAUGUAAAAUUGUGAUCCAACCGAGGGGAACAACAGGGGAAUGGAUCCAGUUUUCACCCGAGCUUGCUUCUAUCAUCGGCAUCUCUCGCGGAACUCUCCAUGAAGCCAUUUAUUCGUUGUAUAAAUACAUUCUCCUCAACGACCUCCUUUCCAGCGGCGAAUCCGAGGUGGCAUCAAACGGCCAACAGGCACAGGGGCAGAGCAAUAACACCAAUGGUGAAAGAACAAUAGUCAAAACUGACAAAUAUCUGGCCGUUCUUUUCCCGGAGGAGCGUAGUUUUUUCAAAUUAGGCGAAAUCCCCGCACUGAUCAAUCGCCACGUUUCGCCCCUGCCACCUAUUAAGAUCGACUACACUGUUCGGGUCGACAAGGCUUCUACCUACGGUGAAACUGUGCUUGAUGUGGAGGUGCCCGCGAAGGUAAAUGACGAAGUCGCACAGCAAGGUAUGUCUUUGCUUUCCGAACUCAACCAGUUGAGUACAACGCUGGAGCCCCAGAUGCAACAACUCAAUCAAGAGAUCAACAUCUUGCAAUUGCAGCUAAAUUCAAGCGCCAACAAAUAUCAGUUUUUCCAAAAACUGGCCAACGAUCCAGUGCCCAUGCUGGAAGAGUACAUCCAGUCUUCCUCCAGAGCAUUAAAGAUCUUGAGUGGAGAUGACGGCUUCAACGAGGAUACGGUAAGACGUGCUUCAUUUUACAAAGAGAACGAGGGUAUGCUUUUCGAAAAUCUCGGAGUUUUGUUGUCCAAUGGGCGAAUUUAA